AUGGGAAAAAUAGAGAGAACAAAAAAGAUUGCACCACGUCAUGACCCUUUGGGUAAACAGAUUGUCGAUUCAGAGAAUGCUCAUCGUGUUCAAAAAGUUAGAUCAGGAAAGGGUUUGAUAAAGAAGAAGCGUGCCAACGAAGAAGGUUAUGAAGAUGAAGUGGAGAAAGUAAUCCCACAGAAUCUAUCAAAGAAGAUUCUCUCACAGAUUAGAGAUCAAGCACAGGAGAUCGAAGAGGAGGAUCGUGAUCAAUACUCUGGUGCCGGUUUGACUACCGGUGAACAGGAAAGACAAUCGGUAAAAUUAUUGGACUUCGCAGAUGACGAAGAAGAUGACUUGGGACUGAAAGCUGGCGACGACGAGGAGGAUGAAGACGAAUUGGAUGGAUUCGGUGACGACGCACAGGAAUACGCGGAUUUCGACGACGAUAUAGUGGAGGAGAUCGAUGCCGACGACGAGCGUAUCCUCUCGAUGUUUAUGACUGGACAGGGCAGUGUUGGAAGUAUGGCCGGUGUGCGUUACACACUCGGUGACUUGAUCGAGAGUAAGCUGCGUGAGCAACAGGAGCGCACUCAGGAUCCAGCCAACAAGAUCAAUCCAAAGGUUGUCGAUUCGCUGUACCGUCCAAACGCAUUCUACAAAGCGAUAUUCUUGCCACUGGCAGAGGGCGGUGACUGCACUCUGCUCGAAGCGAAAAUCAUUGCUUCGGUCGUCGCCAAAGUCUCGAUUCCGGUGAACCACUCCGCUGCGGCACUCAUCAAGCUCGCCAGUCUCGACCACUACAACGGAGCCACCUCUAUCUUUAUUCGUACUUUGAUCGACAAGAAAUACUCACUGCCGUAUCGUGUCAUCAGCGAUUUGGUUCGUCAUUUCGUAAACUUCACUGAGGAACGCAGACAACUGCCCGUUCUGUGGCACGCCGCACUCCUCACCUUUGCCCAGCGUUACAAGAACGACAUUUCACACGAUCAAAAAGAGGCGAUCCGUAUCCUCCUACGUCAACAAACACAUCACAUCAUCACCCACGAAAUCAGAAGAGAACUAUUCCCAACCACAACAACCACUUCCAAUCAACCAAUUAGACAUCAAUCAGACUCGAAAAUGUCUGAUAUUUAA